AUGUGUGGGAUUCUUGGAAUUGUAUUGGCUGAUCAGUCAGAAGAUGUUGCAGCUGAAUUGUUAGAUGGAGCCAUGUUUUUGCAACAUAGGGGACAAGAUGCCGCAGGUAUUGUGACCUGUGCAGGAGGACGUUUUUAUCAAUGCAAAGGUAAUGGAAUGGCCAAGGACGUACUUACGGAGCAACGUAUGAAAGGGCUGGUAGGUAAUAUGGGAAUUGCGCAGCUAAGAUAUCCGACUGCUGGUUCUAGUGCCAUGAGCGAAGCGCAGCCGUUUUAUGUUAACAGUCCAUACGGAAUUGCACUUUCUCAUAAUGGUAAUCUUGUGAAUGGACGUAAUCUCCGCCAGAAAUUAGAUGAUGUUCUUCAUCGCCAUAUAAAUACAGAUAGUGAUAGCGAGUUACUGUUGAACAUUUUUGCUGCUGAGUUGGCUCAGUACGACAAGAAAAGAGUUAACUCAGAAGACAUUUUCAAGGCCCUCGUUGGUGUCUACAGAGAAUGUCGUGGAGCUUAUGCUUGUGUCAGUAUGUUGGCCGGCUAUGGUAUUAUUGGAUUUCGUGAUCCUCAUGGUAUCAGACCUUUAGUCGUCGGAGAACGUGUGAGAGUGUCCCAAACUCCCGGUGACACUCACUUGCAAUGCGAUUAUAUGCUUGCCUCUGAGAGUGUAGUUUUAAAGGCUCAUGGAUUUCACAACUUUAGGGAUAUUUUACCAGGUGAAGCUGUUAUUAUCACAAAGAGAGGGCCUCCGGAGUUUUGUCAAAUUGUUCCUGCGAAAGCCUACACUCCGGAUAUUUUUGAAUACGUUUAUUUUGCUAGACCUGAUUCGAUUAUGGAUGGAAUAUCUGUCUACCGAAGCCGUUUGGCAAUGGGGCGCAAACUAGCCCAGAAAAUCACCUCUCGUUUUACCAGUCAGUCCUUAAACGUAGUUAGAGAAAUUGAUGUGGUGAUACCUGUUCCAGAUACAUCUCGACCUUCAGCUCUGGAAUGUGCCGUGACGCUUGGCAUACCAUUCAGAGAAGGUUUUGUCAAAAAUCGUUAUGUGGGCCGUACCUUCAUUAUGCCGAACCAGAAGGAAAGAACUUCGUCUGUGCGACGUAAAUUAAACGCUAUGUCUUCUGAGUUUGCUGGUCGUAACGUUUUGUUAAUUGACGACUCGAUCGUAAGAGGAACCACGUCCAAGGAAAUCGUUAACAUGGCAAGAGAAGCUGGCGCUAACAAAGUAUACUUUGCAUCAUGCUCUCCAGUCAUACGAUACAAUCAUAUAUAUGGCAUUGACCUCGCAGAUUCACGUGCUUUGGUGGGAUUUGGUCGAUCAGAAAGGGAGGUAUCUGACUUGAUAGGUGCUGACGAUGUAAUUUACCAGUCACUUGAUGAUUUGAAAUCCUGUUGUGUUCAGGAGCCCGAACUCCCAUCCGAGUUACCCUCAACUAGGAUUGCAUUCACCCAACCACCUCCGAAGAUUAAUGGAUUUGAGGUGGGUGUAUUCACCGGAGUUUAUGUAACUGGAGAGGAAGAUCAUUAUCUCAAGGAGUUAGAACAGGUAAGAGCUAAAAAUGAGCGAUCACGUAUUAAUGGCUGUGGUAUAGACGUUAAAGCGGAGACUGAUAUUUCUUUGUUUAAUAGAGGGGAGAGUUGA